GAUUGAAACCGAUCAGAACUCGCUAUGAUCCUCAGGGUACCGGUUGUUCUAGCACUGUUCCAGUUAUUGCGAACUGCUCGCUGCCACAGACCGACUAUUGUCAUCAUAGUUGCUGAUGAUUUGGGUUGGAACGACGUAGGAUUUCACAGUGGCGAUGUACAUACUCCCAACUUGGACUCGUUGGCAUACCACGGUAUUAUCCUGAACAGACAUUACUCUCAGCCACUCUGUUCGCCCUCCAGAACAGCCUUGCUCACUGGAGACUAUCCCUUCAGGCAUGGCAUGCAAGGACGUCCUUGUUUGGCAGGACAUCAACAUGGCUUAAAACCAGGAGUUAAAUUGAUGCCUGAGUAUUUUUCUAGAUUAGGAUAUCGUAGCCAUUUGGUGGGUAAAUGGCACCUUGGCUACGAGAGCAUAGAUCAUUUACCAACGAGGAGAGGCUUUGACUCUUUCUUUGGCUACUACAACGGAUUCCUCGGCUACUGGGAUGGCACCCAUUAUGCAUCGGAGAUGGUUGGAAGAGAUUUCUGGAGGAACGAAACAGGUGCCUGGAGAGAGGUCUACGGUACCUAUUUGACAGACCUAUUGACCAAGGAAGCCAUCAAAAUCAUAGAAGAUCAUCAUGGAGAAGGUCUUCUCCUUGUUAUAGGUCAUGCAGCAGUUCAUGGAACCGACUUGCCACUAUCAAGAGAGGCUCCUCCUCAAGUUUCUAACAACACUGAAAGAGGAUACCUGAGAGCUAUGACGGAGAAGCUGGAUUGGUCUGUAGGAGAAAUAGUAUCAGCCCUAGGUAAGAAAGGGGAUCUUGAUAACUCUAUCAUCGUCUUCAUGUCGGAUAAUGGAGGUCUUCCAGCAUCCCCAGCUAGACAAAAUGGCGCAUCUAACUGGCCUUUACGAGGGGAAAAGAAAUCUGUUCAUGAAGGUGGAGUUCGGACGGUGGCUUUGGCCUGGAGUCCACUCUUUAACAAGUCUUCCAGAGUCUCCGAGCAGCUCUUCCACAUCUCUGACUGGUUACCCACUUUAUAUGCUGCAGCAGGUGGUUCACCGGAAGAUUUACCAAUAAAAGAUGGUAUCAACCAAUGGCAUUCAUUGUCUUCUGCCGAGCGCGGUCCGAGAGAUACUCUAGUGGUUGACAUCAAUGACUUAGAUAAUAGUGAGGCAAUUAUCGAAGGACGUUGGAAACUAGUUAAAAACUAUGCUCCAGAUAUAAAACUUAAGAUAGCCGAUGGUUACUAUGGACAAAGUGGUUAUUGGAUGCCUUACGACAAAGAAGGAGUUGAAGGGAGCACAGUGAACAAGAGACUGGGGCCUCUACCGGCCAACUACAGUGAGUUGAGAAAGAUUGCAAGAGUUGAGCAUGUCUGCUCAGGAGCGAGUAAUAAUUACUGCAACUACUGCCUUUUCGACGUCUUUCACGAUCCGACAGAGUGCAAGGACUUGUCUUCCACUUAUCCUGCUAUCGCCAGCAAUCUCAAGAGACUCUUGGACAGCUACAGGCCCUAUGUCGUGCCUGGAAAAGUCGUGCCGUUUGAUGAAAGAGCUUAUCCCAAAUAUUCGGAAGAUUAUUGGGCACCCUGGUUGAACAUUCGGGAGUGAAUAUCUUUGACUGAAAUAUAACUGAGGAAUCGGUCCUAAAUCUUAAGAGGUCAAUGCUGCAUCGAAUGUGCAUCAGAAUGAAAGAUUAGGAAAAAAUAUUUUUAUUCGAUCUCAAAAUGUCUAUUUGUCUUCUAGUUCUAUAUCCCUUUUGUUUAUUGUACCUAGGUAAGAUUCACACUGCAUAAUCAUCUAUGAAUAAGAGACAAUGAUACUAGAUAUUACACUUGUCUAAAUAAUACAAAUACCAGGAGAGGUUUUAGCAAAUGUACAACAAAAAGUACAUGAGUUUGUUUAAAAGUUUUAGUGGUAAACCUAAAACCUUGAUUGAUUUUCUAUUCUUUGCUCUAAGGAUUUAUUUUCUACCCUUUAAUUGAAUUGUGUUUUAAACAUAUGAAUUUAAAUGAAAGUACAUAUAUCUAACAUAAACACUUUUCAUAUAGCAUAAUAGUGUUUUAUUUCAAUCGUUGUCGAGCGUAUGAAGAGAUGUACUUAUAGUUAUAACUUUACACUUAUCAACUAGUAUUAAUAUAUUUGUCCUUUUUUUAUUUAUUUUUUCUGGAAGAAUAUUUUUUUAAAGAAAAUAAACUAAUUGUAUAAAAAAAGAAGCAAAAAACAAACUAUGAAUGUGUUAAGUUAAUAAAAACUUUUACUGAUGG